AUGCCGGGACAACGUGCUCACGGUGACACGCUCCACGCCGACUAUGCUCGGAUGGAGAUCAAGUUGCGGGGGGAGCUCAGGGGCCUGCUGAGCGGUGGAAUAUCGGAUGUCGCGGGUGUCCAAGGCGCGAAGAUGGCGUAUGCCAUUAGGCGGUACUGCACCGGCGUCGUCUUGCGCUACCAUGUGAAGCUCAUGGGCUGGCCCGACGACAUCAUCUUCGACAACCUCAGCCGGAUCACGGGCAAGGAGCGCAUCUCGCGCCUUCUUGAGCUCUGGAAAAGCGGCGAGAUGCGCUUCGUCCCGAUCACGGACCCAGCCGAGCUCGACGCGGCGAGGAGGGACCCCCUCUUAGUCGCCCCGGCUGUGCUUCACCGCGGCAUUCCGCCAAAGCGCUAUCGCAGCGAUUUGGGUAAGCAACGCCGGCGCCCAAAGUCAAACCCGAACAACUUACCACCGAGGCACCCCCGGGACGGGCCGACGUCAGCCGAGACCGUGACAGACGAGGCAGAGGCGAUGGCGGAGCUGGAGGGCGGGGUCGCCGAGCUGACGGACAUGCAACUUGUGCUGCUCAGGCUCGCACGUCUGCCGCUGGUGUGGCCGGAGUUAGGGAUGUAG